UUCAUCGGAAGUGUGUCGUGAAUUAAAAUCAACCAGCUGAAACGACCGAAAGAAAGGCACAGCGUGCAGCGCACGUUCGACAGGGCCCCGCACGGGUUUUCUAUUAAGACAAACUUUACAUUUAUGCAAAAUCGAGUGCAUAUUCAACAAGAACGUUUUUUAGCCUGGAGCUAAUAUUAUAAACUUAAUUUUUAUCGUCUGUAUAAUUAAGAGGCGCCAUGUCUUCGAGAGAAGACAUAUUUGCAGUAGUCACCUCCGAGGUGCGGGCGCUAAUCAUUAGUGGGCGUAAGCCGCCGGUUCCCCUCGACGACAUUCUCAAGGACUAUUGCGAGGUCGUGGGAGAGCCACUGCCAUUCCGCCGGUUGGGCUACAGAAGCGCCCAAGAUCUGCUGGAGGCUACCAAGAACUUUAACUUUCAGACUUAUGGAAGCACGGUCUACAUCACCGCCAAGUCCAGUGCGAAAUCGGAUCACAUUGCGUCUAUGGUGCGGCAGCAGAAAUCUUCCAAAUCCAAACGCUCCCUCUCAAGGCCGACUCCACAGCCACGCGUUUUUCAAAACGUUGCACCCGCUUACCAGCAACAAAGUUAUUCUCAGCAACAGCAUCAGCUGUGGUCGCAGCAGCAGCAAAGGAAACUGCUACAGAUACAGAAACAGCAACAGCUGCAGUUGCAGCAACAGCAGCAGCAACGGCAUCACGUGCAGAAUCAACUGCAAAAUCAACUGCAGAAUCAACUGCAGAAGCAACUGCAACAGCAGCAGGAAAAUUUAAAACAACAGCACGAGAAAGAGUUGACUAAGAAAAAAUUGCAGAUUGCGACGCUGCAGAAGGUGGUUGAUUGGCAUUGCAAGCAGGAAGAGGAGAAGCAACGCCAGCUGAAAGAGAUCAAGGAGCAGGACGAGCAAAAGCUCAAGGAGCGCGAACAAGAAAUAAAGAAGCUGGAGAAAGAGCUUGAGCAUUUCAAACGCAAGGCCGAAGCCAAAGAGCUUCUGGACAAAAAGCUGGAGAACGUCGCUCCAAAAAUCGCCUCCAACACGCCGGUGCUGGCCAAAGAUAACAAACAGCAUAAGGGCGAGAACCAAGCUACCAAAAAAGUCGAAGAACUGGAGAAAGUCGCUCCGAAAAUCGGUUAUUUCAGACCAAGCAACGGGCAGACGCUGGACAAAGAUAAAAAGCACCAUUCGAAAGAAGACGUGCACUUAGGUCGCUUCGAUAUUUGCAACAUGAAUGGCCAUAGCAACGGCAACGGCCAUGGCAGAACCAUGGCGGGAAAGCCUCCUCAGCGCCCCAUACUAGGCAACGGUGCUCCGCAUCGUGGAGGUGGUCCAGGGGCUGCUUUUGACACGCCCAUCAGCUCCAAAAAUCGAGGAAUGCAGCAGCGGAGCUCGGUUAAUGAUAGACUGAAGCUACAACAGCAGCCAGCGGCGACUCCAGUGACCGCAAAUCAAACACCAAUGCCUGUAGCAGUGCCGAUAACUCCUCCUAAAACGCCAGAGACUCCCUCGACAAAGCCCAAUCAGAGAGCACCGCGGACAUCGCCGAAAAUUCCGAAAUCCCGGAGCCCCAGCAGGUUCGAGUUCAACUCAGAUGCGACCCGCGACCCCAUCGCCACUCUGAAGGCGUAUUGCGAUUUCAAAAACUUAGAGCAGCCCGCUUACCGCAUCUUCGAGAACGUUGAUCGGACCCAAAUUGUCUGCUCAGUGACGGUCGGCGCCUGCGUUUACAGCUGCUAUCCCAAGGAGUUUACUGACGAGCCGACGGCUCGCAGGGAGACCGCCAGGAUGGCCAUUGAGAAGAUCAAGACCGUAGAGUCGCGCCAGCCGCUGGCUAUCUGCACACUGACGGAUCACGAGUUCAUCGACGGCCUGUACCAAGAGCUGCGGCAGUACCCCAACGGCAUUAUAGGCCACAAGCUGGAGGAGUGGUAUGAGCAGACCUUCAACCACCACCUACCCAGCCACUGGCACGAUCUGGUUGUGGAGUCGAGUAAGAUUCGUCUGGAGGAUAACGUCCAUUCUCUCAUUCUUCUUGCCAACGAUCCCGCCUCUCCGAAGUCGAACAAAGCAGAAUUCCAGAAGCACGAAAUGCCUGAGCUUCGGCUGCCGUGGAUGAACAAGGUGGACCACAGUUUAGAGCGCCACCACGACUGGAGCAUGUACAUCACCCACUGCGACUCCACCAAACAGGUCUGGGCCCGCCUGAUUGAUCAGAUAUCCAGCCUAGAGAAGUUGACGAUGCACCUCAACAAGCACGUGCCGGCUCGCACACUGGUAACGGAUCCCAUUGAGCAGAAUAUGUAUCUGGUGGAAGUCACCGAGGGCUGGAGUCGAGUGCGAGUGCUCUCCGUGGAUGCGAAGCAGCGAACCUGCCUCUGCCACUUUGUGGACUUUGGGGACGUGGCCCAGUUUGAGUUUGAAGAUCUGGUUGGUUGUCCGCCCCAGUUCCUGAUGCUGCCCGCACAGGCUAUCUGCCUGGGCAUGUAUGCACUGGAAAAGUUCGCGGAUCACCCGCACGCCCAGGCCGUGCUCCUUAAAGAGCUCGCCGGCCAGCGGGUUGUGGCUCGCAUCCUUACCACCGAGAAGCAGUUCAACGAACUCGGCGGCUGUGCCCAGGGCAUUUGGAAGGAUGAUAGGCGAAGCGCCUGCCUGGUGGGCACCCUGUACGACACCUCCACGGUGGAGGACAUUCACCUAAACGAUCUAGUUGCCAACAGCAUCAGUCGCAACACCCCGGUGCCCAUGCUGAGUCCGGACCAGAAGUCCAAUCCGGUGCUCAUCUCGCAUAUCAACGAGGGCGGCGACCUCACGGUUCUACUCCGUAACGAGGAUCUAAAGUUUGUGGAGCGCAGCAUUGCCAACACGGUGGCCGACAUUGGGGAGAAGCAUCGUGUCACCUACUCGGACCUGCUGCGCGAUCGCCUGGUGUUUGUCUGCGACGAGUCAGUCGAGGGAUUCAAGCAAUGGUACCGCGGCAUGCUCACCACCAAGCCGAAGAACGCCGAAGAGGAGACCUUCGACGUGUACUAUGUGGACGACGGGCGCCUCCGCAAGACGCACAUCUCAAACAUCUAUCGACUGGAGGCCAACAAUCUGGCGCUAGCUGGGUAUCCGCCGCUGGCUCUGCGCGUCCGCCUUCACGACGUACCCGAUAUCGUGGGAGACAUGCUUGGACGCCUUCGUGGACUGAUGCCGCCCCGAAGCGAGGCAAUCCUCAAGGUGAUGGAUGGUUCCGGCAGUGACAAACUGCCGAUGGUCAAUGUUUAUGUGCGCGGCCAGGAUGCCAAUGCCAUGUACAUGUGCGUGAACACCGCCAUCCAGAUGGAAUACGAAAUGCAGAGAACCUCGCGUCCGCAGACCUACGACGAUGGCGGCCUGCGCUUCAAUCCCAACGGACAGCUGCAGCGACGCAACAGCUUCGGCUCUGCGGUGUCCAGUCACAGCAGCGGCAGCCUCAGCUUCAGCGACCAUGUCCUUCCCGCCACCCCACCCGUCACGCCACUAAGAGGAUUGUCGUCGACGCCCACGAUCAAGGAGUACGAGGCAAUACCGGCAGUGGGCGCCUACUUCGAGGUGCGCAUUGCCCUCUCCAUCAAUCCCGGACACUUUGCGGUACAACCCUACAAGAGCUACAAUCAGUUCCAGCAUUUGAUGAAGGAUCUGCAGGCCCAUUGCAAGGGAGCGGCGGCACAAGGCGUCCAACCUUCACGAGUGACCAUAGGAGAGGCCUACGCAGCUCCAGACAGUGAUAACGUCUACCAUCGUGUAAUUAUUCGGAAGAUUUACGAUGAGAUUAUAACUGUGCGCUUCGUGGACGUGGGCGAUGACGGUGUAGUGGCCUGUGAUCAACUAAAGAAGCUUCCUCUGGCCUUUGCCGAGCUUCCCAAGAUGGCCAUACCAGCUCAACUAUAUGGCAUCCAACUUGCAGACGUUCUCUGGACUCAGGAGAACUGUGUACGCUUCCGGAUGCUAACGCUGGGUAAAAAGUUUAUCGGGAUUGUACGGCGACUGAGCAAGUUGAAGGAUGACACGCUAGCGCUGUGCCUGGAGCUGGUCGACACCUCCACGCCGCAGGACAUAAAGCUGCACGAGAUUCUCAUCAACGAGAAGCACGCGCAGCCAGAGCCGAAGGUCUGAAUCGAAGAACGACUUUAAUAUGAGUUUGAACUUGUUCACGUUUAUAUUUGCUUAUUUGUAGCCUUAGGAAUAGGUAUAUAUGUAUAAUUUAUUACGACGAUACACAUUCCCCCAAACGGGAACGAACAGUUGGGUUACUCUGUACUACUCGGAAACGCAACAAUAUAAAAGUUAUGAUUUUA